GGCAACGCCCUUUGAACCGGCAGCGCUUGUUGAGCAGUGAGAGGUGAGAGGCCUGGUGACAGCACCCGGACAUUUGAGUGCUUCCAUCAAAGUCGUCAGGGUUUGAUUCCCUGCUUGGUGCAGCUUACAACGCAGCGGAAAAAUACAUCAUGGCCUCAACUUUGCCUCUAGAUCAAAUGUAUCUUUCGCAACCAGAUAAAAAAACUGGGAAAGCGCAACAGUUACCAGCAUUGCAUCCAAGCAGGAAAGAAGAUUGUUACUUUGUGUUGUAUAAACCUCCGCCUCAAGAUGACAUGCCAGCUCUGGUGGAAGAAUUUUUGGAACGAGCCAACUUCAUUGCCAGUGAUCUGGAUUGGUUACUAUCUCUUCCUCAUGAUAAAUUUUGGUGCCAGGUUAUUUUCGAUGAGACUCUCCAGAAAUCUUUGGACUCAUUCUUGCGUUACACACCUCGUCAGUAUGACGGAUUGGAGAAUUCAAAUCUAGCCAUAGCAGACAUGCAAAAACGCCUCCAUCGCAGCGUUUUCAUGAUUUUUCUUAGGAUGUCCACUCACAAGGAGUCUAAAGAACACUUCAUUACACCCAAUGUUUUUGGAGAAAUUAUCUAUGACGGUUUUCUCUUUGACAUCCCAAAAAUCUUUGACUUGUGUAUAAUAUUUGGAAAAGGAAACACUACUCUUCUUAAGAAGAUGAUUGGGAAUAUAUUUAAUCAGCAGCCAAAUUAUUUUAAUGAUUUGGAUGAAACAGUUCCCACGAUCCUACAGGUUUACAAUAGUAUCUGUGUGAAGUGUGGCUUAAUGUGGGAAAAUCAUUUCAAUUGCCCACAAAAGAUUGAUGGCCAAACCAAAAUUUCGCCCAUGGAUAUGCCUCUGCAGGAGUUUAAGGAUAUUUUGCUGUACCUGUGUGAUACAUGCACUACGCUGUUUGCAUUCUUGGACAUUUUUCCUGAAGCUAGUCGGAUAUUCCAAAAGCAUGAUUAUAUACAAAGAUUGGCCUCGUUUUAUGAAGCAAUUAUCCCUGAACUAGAAAACACAAUUAAACAGAGGCAAUUUGAAGAAACUGGAUUGCAAAGUGAUUUGUGGAGGAGACUUUCACACUCGAGGAAGAAAAUUAUUGAAACUUUUCAUCACAUCAUUAGUUUCAAGUGCCUUCAACCUAUACUAGAAAAUGGAUCUGAGCAUAGUCUGACUUUUAUAGAAGAUUUCCUUCAAAUCUUUACAGCUCUUCUACACCAAAAGAGAUUUCUGACAGACUAUGAUGAGCAGUUUCCAGUGGCUGAUGAUAUCAGCCUUUUGCAACAGGCAUUUCCUGCACUUGAUGAAACUAGGACGUCAUACAUCAUCAAAGCCGUUGACAGUGCCUGGGAAGCUUGUAGCAGGAUUAAACCUACCUUUCCCACUGGAAAUUCUCAAAUUUCUAGUAAAUCUGCUGCCUCUCAGGUUUCGGCUAUAAAUGGUGAAAUGGACCAAGACCUUAGACAGCCAGAAUAUGAAACUGAUGACUAUGGUGCAGGUGCAGCUGCAGCAAAGGUGACAGGAAUAGAACUGGAAUCUUUAAUUUCUCAAGUGAAGGAUAUUUUACCACACCUUGGGGAAGGCUUCAUCCUUGAAUGUUUGGAAGAAUACAAUUAUGACACAGAAAAAGUAAUCAAUAAUAUUCUUGAAGAUAAAAUACCACCUUCACUUCAAAAAACAGACCAAUCUCUUCCAAGGAAGGUGAAACAGGAUGAGGAGUCGGUUCUGUCAAUGAGACGAAACGUUUUUGACUACGAUGACUUUGAUGUUUACAACAGAAAUGCUGUAGACCUGAGCAAGAUCUGGAAAGGCAAAAAAAAAGGAGAAGACGCAAAAACUCUACUUGAUGAUAAGACUCACAUUACACAACAAAAGGAAAGAUAUAAUGCCUACAGAAUAGUCGUGGAGAAUGUACCAGUGGAUGAUGCCCAGUUUUAUGGGGAUGACUAUGAUGAUGACUAUGAUGACACAUAUGAUGUUAAUCAAAUUGGAGCGAAUGAUGUGGAUUCUGAUGACGAACUAAUCAGCAGAAGACCAUUUACGAUCCCUCGUGUUCUGCGACAGAAAGAGGAAGUGGAGGAUGAAGAGGAAGCUGAGGAGGAAGUGUCAAAGGGAACACACAAGGAGGAUGGACUGAAGAGGGAUCUAUUUGUGCAGGACCCAGCAUUGCUGAGGGAAAGGGCUGAGGCAAGACGUGCAACUUACUGUGCCAGAAAAGGAAUCAAACGUGACAACGCUGCUGUUACAGGGAUGGCAAAGGGCCAGGGACAAUCGAAAGAAACAUUAACAGAAAGAAGAAAAAAAGAGACUAAUAAAUCCUUUCGAGCCAAUCAUAAUCGACGAUCGCUUGCUGAUAGAAAGCGGAACAAAGGAAUGAUUCCAACUUCUUUUUAAAACGUUUUUUUCUCGCCCUAUUACUCAAGAAUUCAUCAUCUUUUACCUCCACUCAAAUCAUGAGCUAUGUAAAUUGCACUUAUUCUCUAUGAUGUUGUCAGCCAAGAGGAGGCAAGCAUAUUGAACAAUGAUACAUGAAUUCAUUUUUUUGUCCUCCAGUGUUCACUCCCUUGAAUAUUUUACUGCACAAAUUCAGUGAUGCAACUGACAAAUAUAUGGUGGCUAUAUAUGAAUGUCAGUCAAAACUAGACUUCAGUGAUGCAGGAAAGAGUAAAAGCUACUCCAUUGUUUUAUUUACUGAUGUUUAAAACUUGCUCUAUAUAACAGUGUCUUAGCUUAUUUGAGUGCAUGGUUCACUCUGCCUGUUCUUCAGAAUGGUAUGUCUUUAAUACUGCUGCGCCACUAAUACAAUUGCUAGAACAUACUACAAUUCAGCAAUGAAGUCAGUCAAACCUUUAUUUAAAUAUUUUCAGCCAAAAACAUUUUUUUUCCAUCAUUCCCUUCUUCAGAUGCACUUCCUUGCAUCAUUUAAUAUUUUGGUCGCAAGACCCGUCAUUGGUGUUUGACCUAGUUGUGUUCAGAGUACCUGGGCUAUGGAAAUCUUUCUCGACUCUUGCUUAUAGACUUGGAAAUGUGGGAUGGCUGCAGAAAAAAUAUAAAGGGUAAAGAUGUGCAACACAGUUAAUUUGUACAGUUAAUGGAUACAUGGCAAGAAUGUUAUUGGAAAUGUGAGAGUAGUAUUGAAAUAGAUUUGUCACCACAUUAUGAAGAAUGAUUUCAGCAGAGAUGGUAGGCAAUAUACAGUAAUAAUUAUUUAUUUUGGCAACUGAUGAUUCAUCAUUUAUCCGUUGCACUGGAUUAAUGCUCGAUUUGCAGUUUGUAAUGGCUUGUGCUAACAUGAUUUGGUAUUUACAUAAUCUACACUUAAUUACAAACUAUAUUUGCAUCGAGGUUAAUGUGACGUAAAUACAAUCAUUUCCAAAUAAAUUCUGAGGCAUCAGUCAGUA